UCCGCUGACCCUUCGCGGUUUCCUCCUCGCUGUCCUGGGCCUCCAUUCUAAGGGAGAGUCCUUGGGCCCCCUGCCUGAAAAUGACCUCUUGGGGCCAUCCUAGCCCCCAGAAGCACCCUCCAGGGAUGAUGGGGCCCCCAGGAACUCUGCUCCAGAAGAUCCGGCAGGGUCUCCAGGAGCAUCACAAGCAGACGGAGAGCUUCCUGCGGACAGUGGAGACCUGGAGCCAGGCCCUGGGCUUCCAGCCUGCGGAGGCCAGCCCCGAGGCUUCCCUGCAUCCAGAGGCCGAGACCCCACAGCCCUCCGGGCUCCAGGGGCCACCCUUCGAAGACAUCCUGGCCGUGAGGUCCUCAGACUGGCUGAGGCAGCCCUCCAGAGCAGGCGCCGGGUCCCCCAUGCCGGACACGCAGUCCCCCUGGGACCCCGAACCCCGGUUUUGGCAGGACGUUCUGACCGAGCAGCUCUGGCAGAUCUUUACAGGGACCCACAAGACGGACCAGCACCGCAGAACGACAGAGCAGUUGCCAGGCCUGGAGAGCCAGGACGCAGGACCACAGGACUCAGGACUGGAACCACCACGGAGCCGAGAUGCUUUGGUGCCCAGCCCACCCGAGCCCUCGCCCAGCUCCCCCGAGGGCUUGGGAGAAGAGAGCGCAGAGCCAAGCCUGCCAGGCCUGGACACUGAGGGGACGCUGUCCCUCCGCGUGGCCCAGGCGCCUGCUGGGAGAGCCUACCGGUUCCUGAAGCCCAUAUGCUGGGACCCUGAGGAUUUCGAGGACACGUGGAAGAGACCAGAUGCCCUGCCCUGGCAAUCCCAGAAGGCGGCCAUCCCGCGCAGAGCGGAGAAGAUGCGGACGCUAAAGCACGGGGAGCCGGUGCUCGCCACGGCCGUCAGCAGCUGCACGCGACACGCGUUCACCUGCGGCCGCGGCGGCGUCAAAGUGUGGAGCCUGGUGGGCGGGGGGCUGGAGGACCGGCACCCCGAGAGCCACCUGCGUGUACAGACCCCCCAGGCCUACCUGCGCACCUGCCUGCUGUCCCCGACCAGCACGACCCUGCUGACGGGUGGCCACGACCUGGCCGGCGUGAGCGUGUGGGACCUGACCGCGCCCUCCCUGCGUGUGAGCAGCGAGCUGCCCUGCGCAGGCCUCACCUGCCAGGCCCUGGCCUCCGGCCCCGAGGCCACCCUGGCCUUCGCGGGCUUCACCGACGGCACAGUCAGGAUCUGGGACUUGCGGGACCAGAGCAUUGUCAGGGACCUGCCGGGGCCCCCAAACGGAACCAAGAGCAUUGCUGUCAAAGACCAGAACAUCUGGACGGGAGGGCUGGACACCUGCCUGCGGUGCUGGGACCUGAGGACCCCUGGGGAGCCCCUGGAAUACCAAUUCGAGUCUCAGAUAAUGAGCCUGUCCCCCAGUCCCCAGGAAGACUGGGUGCUGGUGGGCACAGCCAGUGGCCAACAGUGGCUACAGCCCACCCGAGGGGGCCAGAAGCACAUGGUGGGCUGUAAGGACGGCACCAUACUGGGUCUCAAGUUUUCCCCAUUCGGCCAGUGGUGGGUGAGCGUUGGGACGGAUGACCUAGUCAGCAUCUAUGGCAUGCCCAGGGGGACCGUGGUGUUCCAGGUGCCCGAAACCUCCUCCAUCCUGUGCUGUGAUGUGUCCCCCAACAACCGCCUGGUCGUCACGGGGUCAGAGGACCACGCCUCGGUGUACCAGAUCACCUACUGAGGAGCCUGGCCCUGUCGUCCUGACUCAGGACCCCCUUUUUCUUUUUUUUUUUUUGUCCUUUUCCGCCAACAAGGUGGAGGGGUGGGGGGUGGUCUCUUCCCCACUGCACGGGUAGUAAAGCAAUUGGAAGAAGCAGAGUGGGUCUGGGUGCGUCCUUUCCUGCCGCCCGCCCAUCCUGUAGCGGUUUGCAGCCCAGCCCGGAGCCCACAGGCACAGAGACUCUCCUCAAGCUGCGGACCCCUGUUGGGAGUGGGGGUGCACGUGCACCGAUUUCCCUGUCCCACUUCCCAGAGAGGGGGUUUCUGAUCCAGGGAUGGGGUCCCCCCUUCCCAGGAUACCUCGGUGCAUCUCACCUGGGGGUGAACCCAUCCCUCAGGGGGGACAUGU